AUGUACUCAAACGUGGCGGCGUCAUUUAAUUCAUGGAUAAAAGAGGCACCCGACCUCCCUGUCACAAACAUGGUAGACUUGAUAAGGUUUAAGCUGAUGGGCAUGUUGUGUCAUCGACAUGAACAAUCUCAAAGAUGGGAGAGAUGUCUAUGUCCUGUCAUACAUAGAAAGAUUGAGGAACUUGUUGAAGAGUCUCGUAACCUAUUGGUCGGCCGUUUCAAUGGUGACUAUUUCGAAGUGGUUGAACAGAAGAACUACUGCACCAGUUUGAACGCUCGGACAUGCUCAUGUCGUAGGUGGCAGGUAUAUGGCAUUCCAUGCAAACAUGCAUGUGCGGUAAUACUGCAGACAGACACAAAUAUUCAUCGAUAUGUCGAUGACUACUUCACAGUGGACGCUUACCGACAAGCAUAUGCAGAAGCCAUUUUUCCAGUACCGGAUGUUGACAAACCAGAUGAUGUGAACCGCAAACUACUUAUGCGCCCUCCAAUCACCAAAAGGCCAGUUGGUCGGCCAAGACGGAAGCGUCUAGAGUCAUAA